AUGACCAGACUCACAGUUCUCGCAGGUAUUUAGCCUCUAUCUCUAUGAUAACAUCCACCUGCAGAGUCAUGAAUUCUUUAUAUUGAAAAUGUCCUUUUAUGUCCUCACCUGUGUCUCUGUCCUCCUCAGGCCUCUGCCUGGUCCUGUGCCAUGUGGGUGAGUUUUCAUCAGCUGGUUCAGACCCACACUAAUAGAAACCUUUAUAUGUUCUUUUUUUCUGAUCUAACAUCUGCUCUGUCUCCAUCGCAGCAACUGCCUCCCAGAUGGUGUGCUACUUCACCAACUGGUCCCAGUACAGACCCGGGGAAGGGAAGUUCAUGCCACAGAACGUGGACCCCUUCCUGUGCACCCACCUGAUCUACGCCUUUUCCAUCAUCAACAACAGGAACGAGCUGGUUACCUACGAGUGGAACGAUGACGUCCUCUACAAGUCCUUCAACGGCCUCAAGAGCAAGUAAGAGCUCCCAUUGGUUCAGCUCAGCGGCUCAGAGGUCAGAGGUCAGCUGAUGAGGCUCCAAAGCUCUCUGAGAAGUUUUUGAGGAACUUAGCAGAAGCAUUAACAGCUUAAUAUCACAAAGUCUUAAUUGUCUGUCUGUCUGUCCGGUUUGCAGGAACCCUCAUCUGAAGACUCUGCUGGCUGUCGGUGGAUGGAACUUUGGAUCAACUCAGUGAGUCCUGCAAACACAGAGUCUCAGAUCAGACAUCCGGAGACUAAAACAGCUGACAGCCAUAUUCAGAGAGAGUCUUUGAACCCGAAAACAUUAGAUUCAUAAAGACCGUCGGGACAGGCAGUGAGAGAGGAAACCUGAAAAAACGGUAAAUCUCUGAAUAUUAGAGAGCAGAAGAACAAAAACUGACAAUACAACUGGAAACAAAACAGGAAUGACAAAUUAAAUAUCCUAAAUAAUUAAUAAAUAACUACAGCAAAAAUCAUGGCAUCAUGGCAACAGUGGAAGUGGCUGUUGAAAUGUUAUCUUCCAGAGUUGUGGGUUUCAAAAUGCUGUGUUCUAGAUUUCUGGGUUCUAGAAUGCUGGGUUCUUGAGGCUUUUGAUACAGAUACAAUUGCUUAAAUGAACCAUUUAAUCAGAGAACAGGACAGAGUUUUUGAUAUGGAUCAUGGAGAGGGACUCCAGAGAUCUCGGAGGGAGGACAGACUGACUGAACAGGAGCAGGAUUAGCAUCAGUGUGUUAUGAUUUUCACUAGGUUUUUGUUGGUGUGUAGAGUCAUAUCGAUAUAAAGCUUCUGUCAGUAAAUUUGACCUCAGAUGUCCUUAGUUUGUACCAACCCUCUUCUAUCAUCUCUGCAGGUUCUCCAUCAUGGUGUCAACCCCUGCCAACCGUCAAACAUUCAUCCAGUCCUCCAUCAAAUUCCUGAGGACUCAUGGGUUUGAUGGUCUGGAUCUGGACUGGGAGUACCCUGGAUCUCGUGGAAGUCCUCCAGUAGACAAACAGAGGUUCACUCUGCUCUGCAGGGUGAGGACACUGACUCAGCUUCUUCUUCUUCUUCUUCUUCUUCUUCUUCGGGUUUCUCACUCUGUUUUUCUGCUGUGUCUCUUCAGGAACUGGUUGCUGCCUAUGCUGCUGAGGCCAAGUCCACCGGAAAGCCUCAGCUCAUGCUGACCGCUGCAGUGUCUGCUGGAAAGGGAACCAUCGAUGGAGGAUACGAGAUUGCUGAGAUUGCCAAGUGAGUGACCAUGACUCCAGAGAGGAAGCCAGAGCUCCACAGAAGUUUAUGAGGUGAUAAUUCACUUUUUCAUCCAUCUUUAGGGAGCUGGACUUCAUAAAUGUGAUGACCUACGACUUCCAUGGAACCUGGGAGCGAUUCACCGGACACAACAGCCCUCUGUACCGCGGCUCCUUUGACUCCGGCGAUCUUAUCUACUUUAACACUGUAAGAAGAUACUGCAGCUCGAGAGAAGCUAACAAGCUAGCUGCCUCUUUUGGUGGGUUUACCUUCUUGUCUUUUCUUUAUUUUUCAGGACUAUGCCAUGAAGUACUGGAGGGAUAACGGCACCCCAGUGGAGAAACUGAGGAUGGGAUUCGCUUCUUAUGGUCGCACCUUCAGACUAACAUCAUCAAACACAGCUGUUGGAGCUCCAGCUAGCGGCCCUGCAGCAGCUGGUCCAUACACACGUGAAGCUGGUUUCUGGGCCUACUAUGAGGUAUGUGUUGGAGAAAGUCUUCAACUAUGGUCCUGCAGAAUACCAGAUUCCAAGUCAUUGUCCCCUCAAGUGAACUGCACCAGUGUAAAAAACUUUGUGAGCAGAGAGGGUGCUGACAAAUUCAACUCGGAGCUUCACCAACAUCAUGGUUCUGUCCUCUGUGCAGAUCUGUACCUUCCUGAAGGGAGCCACAACUCAAUGGAUCGAUGACCAGAUGGUUCCUUAUGCCUUCAAGAACAACGAGUGGGUCGGCUACGACAACCACAAGAGCUACGAGAUUAAGGUACGAGUAGCACCAGCUCAGUGUCUGAGCAGACUCAGAUCCACAGUUAAUAUUCACUAUUUCAUAUCAUAUUAAUCAUCUGGUCCCCCCCCCCCCCCCCCCCCAUAGGUUCGCUACAUGCAGCAGCAGAAGUUUGGUGGUGCCUUUGUGUGGGCUCUGGAUUUGGAUGAUUUUGCAGGAAGGUUCUGUGGAGAGGGAGCUCACCCUCUGCUGAGCCACCUCCGCAAACUGCUGGACAUCGGUAAGAGCAACGUCCUAUAGAUACUCUAUUGGUCGGUGGUGGUCACUGUCAUCAGAUUGUUUAUUAAUUUUCCAUUAUCUUACUUCUUCUCCUUCAUCCACCCAUCAGAGCUGCCUCCUCUGCCCCCCACCACCACCCCCAGACCUGGAGCAAGCACCACCUCCCCUCCAACCACCACCACCACCGCCACCACCCACGCCCCUGGUUCUGGCUUCUGCAAUGGCAAACCUGACGGCCUGUAUGCCAACCCUGACGACAAGAGCAGCUUCUACAUGUGCGCCGGAGGAAUCACUCACGUGAGGCAGUGUGGGACUGGUUCUGUGUUUGACGACAGCUGCAAGUGCUGCGUGUGGCCCUGA